GUUCAUACUCUGAAAGUCGAAAAUGUGAUGGUGCACAACGUGUUCUGCAUAACCAAAAUGACUACUUACGGCGAACUCAGGGAGCUCCUUGUCGCAACAUCACAUUUGCGCUCUUAUCCACUUGUCACGGAUUUACAAUCUAAAAUUUUACUUGGUUCGGUGGCGCGCAAGUAUCUGAAUUAUUUGCUGUACGAAAAGCUUGGACCGGACUCCAUAAUUGACAAGAAACGCACAAAUACCGCAUCUGAGCUCCUGCAUCACAUACGGCGAAAUUCGCUCCUCAAUGCCAACAGCUUACUCACUGACAGGAACAUCAGUGGUAACACGUUGCUGGCCAAUAGCCCACUGCAUGAAGAAAUUCGCAGAGAUGGCCCAUUAGCACCGUUGCUGCGACGUCAGACUGAUCCCGACCUUCGAGAAACAAAUCUGAGUGUCGCCGAGCGGGCGGCGUUGCUGAAGCGACCGAUUGAUUUGGACGAAAUCGCAAUUGAUGCUGCGCCAUUCCAACUGGUCCUGGGCACAUCACUUUACAGGGUAAACUCGUUGUCAUAA